UUUCGCGUGCGUCCUUCCUUUUUAAAACAUAAACACAUUCCGACACCGUGUUACCGGCUUGAUUUUGUUCGCUUUCUGAAGUUUAUUGAAUUCAUCUGCAAACUGAAACCAGUCUAAAAAUGGCUUCAGGAGGCUUGGAGUCUAAAAUUGUGGAAGAAAAGUCCGAGCAGGAAAAGCCCGUGAACAGAGAAAAGACUUGCCCUCUUCUCCUGCGGGUUUUCUGCAACACCGGCAGACACAACAGCAUUCUGCAGUACUCCGCAGGGUCUGUUCCUGGCAAUGAACUUCAGAUUUACACAUGGAUGGACGCUACUCUGAGAGAACUGUCCAGCCUAGUGAAGGAAGUAAACCCAGAUGCCAAGCGUAAGGGCACGACCUUGCAUUUUGCCCUGGUCAGCCCUGACCCGACGAGACCAAACUCUCACCUGAGAGCCAGAGACUUGGGCGCCACCAUCAGUGGACACAAAGGCCCCGACGACAGCAAAACCCUUGCCCAACUCAAAUUCCGAAUUGGAGACUUCCUGGACAUUGGCAUCUUCCCGCCGUCUGAAACUAUGGGCAUGGAUAGGAUGGACCGGGUGGGCAUGGAGCGCUCCAUGCCGGACAGACUGGGCAUGGAGAGGGGCAACAUGGACAGGCGUCAGAACCGACGAGGACGCCCUUUCUGAAUAAUUUAUAACUAACUUUGUAGAUUUUAAGUCCUUUGUAAUGUUCAAAUCCUUUCAAUUGUAAUUUUGCAAUGUUAAAAUAAACUAAGAAGAGCUAAAUGCAGAAAAAAAACAC